AGAGAGAGAGAGAGAGAGAGAUGUGGACUGAACGAGCAUAGUAGGGAGCGAGCGAGCAAACGAGGUGAAGCGGGGGCCUGGGCAAAUAAGGACCCUGCAAACUUUGCAUCCGAGAAAAAUAGCACUGUAUCAACCGGGAACUCCUUUUUUAUGGAGGAGAGACAUACUGGAUGACCUAAUCACCAGCCCUGCCUCCCGUGCACACCUGAAGCCGGCCGCUAUGUCCCAGCUGCUCCACGUGGAGAUCCCCAAUUUUGGCAGCACGGUGCUGGGUUCGCUGAAUGAGCAGCGUCUCCUGGGCCAGUACUGUGAUGUCUCUAUCCUAGUCAAAGGACAAGCAUUCAAAGCUCACCGGGCCGUGCUGGCCGCCAGCAGCCUGUACUUUCGAGACCUGUUCAGCACCAGCACCAAGGCCCAGUUCGAGCUGCCGUCUUCGGUCACGCCAGCCUGCUUCCAGCAGAUCCUCACAUUCUGCUACACCGGCAAACUCACCAUGGCGGCCAGCGAACAACUGGUGGUCAUGUACACGGCGGGAUAUCUCCAGAUCCAGCACAUUGUGGAAAGGGGAAUGGACCUCAUGUUCAAGGCCAGUUCGCCCCACUGUGACUCCCAGACGGCUGCCAUGGAAGAACCGGGCUCAGAGCCCCAGAGCCCCAGCAACAACCAGACGGCCAUGCUCGGACCUCCGGGCUGGUCGCCCUCUGUGCCUCCUCCCGCCCGUCGGAUCAAACUGGAAGGGUGCGAGCUGCCGCCCCUGAACCUCCAGAGCCUGGCGGGACAGAAACGGAGCUCUGCCAACGGGGAGGGAGGGGGGAGGUCAGUGCGGAGCAGCUCGUUGUUCUACACGGGGUCUGGAGCUGCGACUAUUUUUCCGCCGGGGGCACAGCAGUAUCCCAUGGCGCCCGGGGAACGUUCCAGCCCAGGGGCUUCCAGCCUCCCCACCACAGAUAGCCCCACCUCCUACCAGAACGAAGACGAGGAGUUUGAGGAGGAGCCUUAUGAUGGGAUCACAGAGGAGGCAUACAGCCAGAUUUAUGGCCGCUCGUCCAACCCAUAUGGAAUUCAGGACAAGCCUGAGAUGGCCGCUGUACCCUUGGCCCUGGAGAGCCGUUCCUGCGUGUUGCUUCGCAGGGACCUGGUGGCGCUGCCCGCCAGUCUGAUCAGCCAGAUAGGGUAUCGGUGCCACCCGAAGCUCUAUACAGAGGGAGAUCCAGGGGAGAAACUCGAAUUGGUAGCCGGCACUGGUGUGUUUAUGACUCGUGGACAGCUGAUGAACUGUCACCUCUGUGCAGGCAUAAAACACAAAGUCCUGCUCAGGCGACUACUUGCAACCUUCUUCGACAGGAACACGCUGGCCAACAGCUGUGGGACUGGAAUCCGCUCUUCCACUAGUGAUCCCAGUCGCAAACCUCUGGAUAGUCGUGUGCUAAACGCUGUGAAACUCUACUGUCAGAACUUUGCACCAAACUUCAAAGAGAGCGAGAUGAACGUGAUCGCAGCCGACAUGUGCACCAACGCCCGCCGUGUACGUAAACGUUGGCUGCCCAAAAUCAAGUCCAUGCUACCAGAUGGGAUGGAGGUGUACCGGGGGGCUGCAGCCGCUAUGGGACUGGGCCUGGGUAUCGGGGGCCCCUCGGCAGGUGUUCCGCUGCCCUUCGAGGCUGACUUCAAGUCCUUGGCGCCCUCCGGCCUCACGUUGGAGCAACGGCUGUAUGGCGAACGCAAGGAUCCAUUGAGAACUCACGUGCAGCUGGACGAAGACAGCCCGGAACCCACAGCAGAGACGGUUGAUCCUGAGCUCACCGACGUUCAGGGUGAGGAAGGCCCUGAGGAAGAGGAGGAGGAGGAUGCAAGGGCAGAGAGCACGGAGGGGACGUUGGGGAUGACCACGAUCAUCCCAGGGGGCGAAGCAGGAGGGAUAGGGGUUCGGGCCCCCACUCCCGAGGGACAGCAUGAAGAGGAGUUCGCGGAUGGUUUGCGGAUAAACGGACAGUGAUGAAUUUCACCGACCUCCCCCCACACCCAAGUUGCUCUCUCUCUCUCUCUUGCUCUCUCCAGCGCCAAUGCCUCUGCUCUCUGAAGGGAGCCUCUUGCCUCGUGAAGCCGCGCUCGCAGUACAUUACGCCACCACACUAACACACUUUGCAAUGCAUGUUGGGUAAGGGCGGGGACCCUCACACGAUCCUUGAAGCCAAACAAACACAGGCAUCACUCUUGUAAGCACCGUGGCACGAGAGAUAGACGCUAGCGUGAUGUUUUUCUUCCUUUCUUUUCUUUUUUUUGGCCAAUUUAGUGAUUUUUAAACAUUUGUCAAAUUUGUCAGACUGAUGACUCUCUUUUUGUGUACUUUAGUUGGCUUAGUAGAAAGAACGUUACACAAUAUAUGUUGUUUCUCUGUGGCCCAGGGUCUUGAUAUAAAGCGCAAAUAGCUGUGUAACUGACCAUGCAGUGGCCAAAAGUUUUCAGAGUAACCUUGAUUUUGAAAUGAUACUAUAAAAAACUGUAAUAGGAUGAAUGUUCGCUGCUUCUCAGGAGCAUCGUGACAACAAUUGACCACAGCAGCAUCAAUAAUGUUAGUAAUAAUAAUGAAUUUUAUUUACAAUGUGCUUUUCUCAAGACUCGUUCAAAAUCCACAAUUUUAAGAUCUAAGGAAUAAGAUGGAGAUAAACCAAACAAUAUGUGUGACCAUAAUUGUGCGUCAAGAGGGAGUCCUCUUUUGAUUUUGUGAGCUAUGUUAAGAUGUCUCAUCUGUUCGAAAAAGUCUCCACGUAUGCUGCGUUCUCUCAGAAGGCCCUGCUUCAUCGGCCAGUGCAAUGCCUAUGUAUGUUAGGUUAACUUUUACACACACACACACAUACACACACACUCAGGCUACAUGUCUGCAGAAGAUCUGUGAGGUGUCCUGAUCCUUAAAUGCAAAUACAUCUUGGUAAGACAGCAAACAAGCACUUUUGCAACAAUUAGCAUACCCUGCAGAAACAGAUAUGCACACUGACUCGGGGAAAGAAAAAAAAAAAAAAAGUUCUUAUCCAGAACAUGCACUAACACAAAUUGCUUGCAUGCAAAACAAAAUACAAUAAAAAAAAUUCAGUGCCACAAAGUAAUCCGCAUCCCAAAAGAAAAGGAAUCGCUAACCUACAGUUUGCCUGAAGAUUCAUCAUCAGUCCCAUCACAGAAAAAAAACCUGUGUUUUUUUUACCUUCUUCGUUUUUUUUUUUCUGAAUCAAAGUCUGGUUUGGCCCACGUAAGAAGGUAACCAUAACCUUUCCAAAUACAGCAAGCAAUGGAUGGUUUUCCACUGUUUAACAGAGAAGGUUUUAUGGCUAAAGGGUCUGUACUGUAAAUUAUUUAAUGAAACAAGUAUAAACUUUCUGCUGGCUUAUUUUAUUUUUAGUUUUUGGAGGGAGUGUUGUUUGUUUGUUUUUGUCUUUGUUUUGGUUUUUUUGUAUUUGUUUUUUUGCAUUUGCAUCUUGAAGCGACUAUUGGGACAAAGCAAUGUUAACCCCAACCCGCCCCACCCCACCCCAGCCCCAAGCUCCCAUUCUCAUCCAGUUUGAUUAGAUGAUGCUGGCAAAGACUGUUGUGUGGACUAUGGAGAAAUGAGAAACUACAAAUUGCACAGCGACGCAAUCUUUGUUGCCCUGCUUAGCGUCACAUGUCUUUGUUUGUUUGUCUUUAAAGCAAUAGAUGAUUGAACUAAAGGUAAAUGCAAUAUAGUGUCGUAACCGAAUGGGUAUUAAUGAUUAGCCGACAGUGCAUUGCAUUUACCUAAUGUAAAAAAAGAAAAAAAAAAACAUACAGCAUUCUUUUUAUGACUCAUCCCGCGCAAUAUUUUAGCCAAGAAUGAUUCAGUUAUUGUACUGCUUUUUCCAUUAAAAUAACUAAGUACUUUUAAAAGAAAAGAACACUAUGUUGA